AUGGGCCUUCUCGUGCUCGUUCUCCGAUCCUAUCUCGUAUUUCAGAAUGUCUAUGUCACCUUCAAGACACUCAAGAUGCCCCCGCCAUCCUCGCGGAAUGGCGGCAAGCCCACAAUACGCGCAAUGGCUCAGCGAAAGCGCGACAUGAAAGGAUGCAUGACGAUCUGGAUCGUUUGGUGCUGUCUGGCGACGUAUGAAGCCGUCGUAGAGCCGGUUAUCAGCAUCUUCGUGCCUUUCUAUAGCGAGAUCAAGUCGGUGGUUCUCAUCGCCUUCAUCUUGGCGCGCGCCCGCGGAGCCGAGCCCAUAUAUCUCCACCUUAUUCGUCCUAUUCUCAAACCGUACAUCUCUACCUUGGAUGCGAUUUUGGACAUAUUCCAUAGCGUCGGCGACUUCGUCCUCCUUUUGGUCUCGAUUCCAUUCGCACCCUUACUGGGUUGGUGGCGCAGACGUUAUCCCGCGGUGGAGGAAGAAGAUUCGGACGAGGAUGCAUCAGACCAUGGUGACCCUCCGCCGCCAUACCCGACCGCGUCUCUCCACCCUGCUAACCUUGCUCGCGAGGGGCCGGCGGUCACUGACCCUGCGCGUUCGGCGCAACUCGAUGCUGCCAUGUCCAAGUUCUACGCCUCUGCGUCGGGCGCUGCGCAACCGGAUCCUCGGUUCUGGCAACCUCCUCCGGCCGCCUACGAAGUGGAGGAAACACCCAGUAUGCCUAUGCCUCAGCCACACAUCCCAUCUUUCGCAUCUAAUGGGCCAACACACCCCUACUAUUCACCGCCCGCGCAGCCGCCUUACCCUGUUAUGCAUAGCACACCUAACUUAAACGUCGCUCCUGUCGCCGCAAAGCUAUUGAACCCCGGCCCUGCAGGUGGCUCGAGCGACAACAACGGUGCUAAUGGGGUUCGCAGGAGAACACAACUUCGAGGCGCUUCUGAUGAAGAGGACGACCACAUGAAUAUCGACGACCCGGAUGACUCUAUGUACGAAACGGAGGAGGAUUCAUUCAACAAGACUCUACGCACGCCAUAUAGCCUUCGCAUACGACCGCCAGCACCGCAAACUACGACUGCUGUCUUGACCCCACCUCCACCACUACCUACCGCACUGGCUCGUGAUGUAUCUAUAGCCACAGAAGCAACUCUGGCGUCUUCGGGCUCCACCAGCGACGGCUCGAAUAUCUUCAGCGAUAUGACCGGCUUGAGCACCGUGCGGCAUGCCCCAACGUUACGCACGUUAUCUCGCACGACUUCGCUAGCACCUUCGGACUCGCCUAGUGUCGUCGGGCGCAAACGCCCCCAUCCGCUCGAGCCUAUUCCGGAUAUGCCUGCGGCUUCUGCGCCCUCGCCGAUCUCGCGAGGAAAUCGCCCAAAGACCCCUCGCCGCGCGGUAACGCGCACUCGGCCAGUUGGAACUCGCGUUGCCAUGAAUCGACUCCCAUCUCUCGGGGAGUCUCUUGGUAAUGCCGCCGACGGCGAAGACAGCGAUGCGCCGGCCCCCGCCGCACCGAAGCGUCGCAAGCUCGCGCGAUCCCCGCGCAAAGCUGCUGCGCCCGCUCUCCCCAAACCCGCAGGUUCGAGAUCCGUCGCCGGUUCACGCCUCAACAACGCCAACAAGACAAGAGGGACUGUAGGCAACGUGCGCGGCGGCGCGUCGUCCCGUACCACGCGGUCUCAAGCUUCAACCAAAUUGGCCGAGUCGCGCACUGCGUCUUCGAGCUCAUCGAAAGCCACUCGCUCCGCCGCCCCUCUGCCUGCCGCCGCUCAUCCCUUGGUGCCUCGACGGGUUCCUGCUCGUACCGUCAAUGUGAAGAGCAAGACACUCGCGAAUGCAUGA